AGUGCUCGCAGUUUCACAGAUUAACAACACAUUUGAUUGGUUUAAAAUCCGCAUGCCCACUACUCUAAAAACUAACAGGGGUCAUUGUGAUUUGUGGAGUUGUUGAAGCGCGCUACACAUCUGAGCGACUCACGGGACAAUCCUCUAGAUUAGCGGUUGACGCAGAGGAUGGAUUUCGUAGAUAGCAACAUGAUACUGUACCGUACUGGUCGGUAUACAGGGACGGGAUGAUCUAGAAUGGACGAAUGAAAUGCUUUAAAUGUAACGUAUUUCGAUACUCUUCAUAUUAUCAAAUGAGUCCGUCGUUAUAAGGAUAGAAUGUGUGUAGUCCUAAUCUUUAAAUAGGCUAGAUGAGCUAUGACGGGAGAGCUAAAUAUGAACCAUUCCUGUUUCGAUUCCAAAAUGAAGAGACCCAACGGAAUGGUGGCAGAUUUGGUGCGUUACAACACGGUCUUGUGGGACGUUUGUGAUGGAGCGGUUUAACUUUCCCUCUAAAACAAGCAGAUGUAAGAAUGCGUGUAGCGGUACUUUAUUGGUUGGAAGUAACAUCUAAACAUUUUGGCUAAAAUGAAUGUAUUUUCGGGUUCUGCUUGCUCACUAACAUCAGAUAAUAAUCUCAGGUGUACAAGCGUAGACUACAUUUAGCUGGCAUGCCAAGUGUGUGAAUAGGAGGAACUUUAAAAUAUCUAUCCCGCCAUUGUGCCCUUGGGUAGGGCACUUAACCUAUAACCUGCCCCAGGGCCGCUGUUCUGCCACUGACCGAACGGUGCCUCUCUCAACGUGUGUGUUUCUUCACCUAGGAGGAUUUGGAAAGGCAGAAGACAACUUUACUUUUGAAGUUUCACCCAACAAUGGACUGCACGAUUAUAUUCUACUCUGUUCUGUUGUCGUAGAACACCGCAGUUGAAAAUGAACGUGUUGAAAAUGAGGAAAGCCGUGUUAAAAGAAGCGGUUAAACGCUUCCCGUGGCUUGCCAACGUUACUCUGUAUGGCUGCCUGUUUGCCGGCGGAGACUUUGUUCAUCAGAUGAUCGCACAAAGAGAAGAGAUGGACUGGAAACACACCAGAAAUGUUGCCAUAGUGGCCAUCAGCUUCCAUGGAAACUUUAAUUAUUUCUGGUUACGGGCUUUGGAAAGCCGUUUCCCGGGAAAAUCUCCCGGAAUGCUCUUCCGCAAACUGCUCCUGGACCAAAGUUUUGCAUCACCCUUGGCAACGAGUGUCUUCUACACAGGAGUGAGUUUCUUGGAGAAUAAAGACGACGUCUUCGAGGACUGGAGAGAAAAGUUCCUCAACACGUACAAGACUGGACUCAUGUACUGGCCUUUCAUGCAGUUCCUAAACUUCAUCCUGAUGCCUCUGUACCUGAGGACAGUCUUCAUGGGCUGCUGUGCGUUCCUGUGGGCCACCUUUCUGUGUUUCUCCCGGCAGAGCGGGGACGGUACGGCCAGUGUUGCCCUCGCCUUCGUCCUGUAUCCCAAACAGAGGCUGCAGGCCGCCCGGGAGGCCCACCUCGCCCGCAAGAAACAGAAAGAAGAGGAGGAACAGCAGCAGAGCACUGGCAACUAAAUUAAUUGAUUCAAUGAGAUUCGAUUCAAUUCAGGAAACAGAAAACAGAAGAGGACCUGAGCACUGAGAACUGAACUGAAUUGGUUCAAUGAGAUUCAAUUCAGGAAACAGAAAACAGAAGAGGACCUGAGCACUGAGAACUGAACUGCUAAAAUGUUAUUUCAAAUGAAUUUCAACAAAACGUUGUUAUAUCUCCCUGUCUUCAAGGGCAACAAGACAAGGAACGAGGGCUUGGUUAGAGGGUGAGACCACAACGUCAGCAUGUGAGGCCAGGGCAGGCUCUCACACCUUACAAAAAAACACAUAGUGAAAACUGAAUCAGUUGGAUUGAAUAUAACUUUAUUGAUAUACUCAGGGGCGAGGACGAGUGAAUAUAACUUUAUUGAUAUCCUCAGGGGCAAGGAGGAAUCAUUGUUGGAGCACAGUUAUAUAAUUUAUGCCUACUGUACAUAUACAAAUACAUCCAUCUAAUACUAUACCAGCAACACGUACAGUGGGCCUAAUACCUCCACAUAAUACUAUACCAGCAACACGUACAGUGGGCCUAAUACCUCCACAUAAUACUAUACCAGAAACCCGUACAGUGGGCCUAAUACCUCCACCUAAUACUACACCAGAAACCCGUACAGUGGGCCUACAUUACAGACGUUACAUCACUGAUUCAAUUCAAUACAACUUUAUCAAUCCCGUCAGGGGCAACCCAGAAAACACAGUCGGACACGGAACACAUUACUUACAGACAUUCAGACUGUACAGGUGUAGAAGUGCAAUACAUUACGUGAAACACAACAAGUCACUCUGAGAUACAUGUACGUCCCCUGAAGUUGUUUGUAAGACAAACAUGUUGGGUGGAUGAGAGAGAGAGAGAAGGUGUUAGAUGUUGUGAUUUACAGGGAUGUUCCUCGGGGAGAGGAGGUGUCAGAUGCUCCUCAGGGAGAGGAGGUGUUAGAUGUUGUGAUUUACAGGGAUGUUCCUCAGGGAGAGGAGGUGUUAGAUGUUGUGAUUUGCAGGGAUGUUCCUCAGGGAGAGGUGUUAGAUGUUGUGAUUUGCAGGGAUGUUCCUCGGGGAGAGGAGGUGUUAGAUGUUGUGAUUUGCAGGGAUGUUCCUCAGGGAGAGGAGAUGUUAGAUGUUGUGAUUUGCAGGGAUGUUCCUCAGGGAGAGGAGGUGUUAGAUGUUGUGAUUUGCAGGGAUGUUCCUCAGGGAGAGGAGAUGUUAGAUGUUGUGAUUUGCAGGGAUGUUCCUCAGGGAGAGGAGGUGUUAGAUGUUGUGAUUUGCAGGGAUGUUCCUCAGGGAGAGGAGGUGUUAGAUGUUGUGAUUUGCAGGGAUGUUCCUCAGUGAGAGGAGGUGUUAGAUGUUGUGAUUUGCAGGGAUGCUCCUCAGGGAGAGGAGGUGUUAGAUGUUGUGAUUUACAGGGAUGUUCCUCAGGGAGAGGAGGUGUCAGAUGCUCCUCAGGGAGAGGAGGUGUUAGAUGUUGUGAUUUGCAGGGAUGUUCCUCGGGGAGAGGAGGUGUUAGAUGUGAUUUGUAGAGAGGUUCUUCAGGGUGUGUAUUUGAUGUUCAUGUAUAUAUGUAAAAUGUGUUUAUUCUAUGCUCUCAAUUUCUAUGACCCAUCGGUUGUGCCUUCUGUUGGUAACAAGAGCCCUUCAUGUUCUGCUCUAGAUUUAGUUAGUUCUUACUCAGAUAAACUGUGUGUGUUUUUUGUGUGUGUGUGUGUGUGUGUGUGUGUGUGUAUAUAUUUAUACAUUACCAGUCAAAAGUUUGGACACACCUAUUAAUUCAAGGGUUUUUCUUUAUUUUUACUAUUUUCUACAUUGUAGAAUAAUAAUGUAGACAUCAAAACUAUGAAAUAACACAUAUGGAAUCAUGUUGUAACCAAAAAAAGUGUUAAAGAAAUCUAAAUCUAUUUUAUAUUUUUGAUUCUUCAAAGUAGCUACCCUUUGCCUUGAUGACAGCUUUGCACACUCUUGACAUUCUCUCAACCAGCUUCACCUGGAAUGCUUUUCCAACUGUCUUGAAGGAGUUCCCACAUUUGCUGAGCACUUGUUGGCUACUUUCCUUCACUCUGCUGUCCAACUCAUCCCAAACCACCUCAAUUGGGUUGAGAUUGGAUGAUUGUGGAGGCCAGGUCAUCUGGUGCAGCACUCCAUCACGCUCCUUCUUGGUCAAAUAGCCCUUACACAGCCUGGAGGUGUGUUGGGUCAUUGUCCUGUUGAAAAACAAAAUGAUAGUCCCACUAAGCGCAAACCAGAUGGGAUGGCGUAUCGCUGCAGAAUGCUGUGGUAGCCAUGCUGGUUACGUGUGCCUGUCGUUUCUCUUUGUUUAUUUGAGCUGUUCUUGCCAUAAUAUGGACUUGGUCUUUUACCGAAAAGGGGUAUCUUCUGUACAUCACCCCUACCUUGUCACAACACAACUGAUUGGCUCAAACGCAUUAAGAAGGAAAGAAAUUCCACAAAUUAAUUUUUAAAAAGGCACACCUGUUAAUUGAAAUGCAUUCCAGGUGACUACCUCAUGAAGCUGGUUGAGAGAAUGCCAAAUGUGUUCAAAGCUGUCAACAAGGCAAAGGGUGGCAACUUUGAAGAAUCUGUUUAAUUUGUUUAACACAACAUUGGUUACUCCAUGAUUCCAUAUGUGUUAUUUCAUCGUUUUUAUGUCUUCACUAUUAUUCUACAAUGUAAAAAAUAAUAUUACAAAUGUAAUUAAAUCUGUAGAAUGAGUAGUUGUGUCCCAACUGUUGACUGGUACUGUGUUGUAUAACUCAUCUCCAGAUUGACCAUUGAAGGAUAAAGUGCUACCCUGUCCGGUUA